UAAAAUGCUAUCAACAAGUCGUUUAGCAUUGUCACUACGUAGACUUUUACAAAAUCAAUUUUAUCGUGGUCUAACCUCAGAAGCUCAACCACACAUAGAAUCACCAGUUCAAUCUGACAAAGAAAAAAGUAUUGUCAUAACAAAAUCUGGUCCAAUAACAUUAUUUGGAAUAAAUAGAACAUCAAAAAAAAAUUGUCUUGAUUCAAUAGCAGUUGAAGAAUUAUCAGAUGCUUUAAAUACAUUUGAUGAAAAUGAUGAAACUGGUAUUGGAAUAAUUCAUGGUAUUGGUGGUACAUUUUGUUCAGGAUUUGAUUUAGAUGAAAUUGCUAAAUCAAAUGGUAAUUUUGAUAAUCUUCCACACUUUAGUUCUUUGUUUUCAAAAAGUGUAUUGACAAAAAAACCACUAAUUGCAUCUAUAAGUGGUUAUGCAGUUGGUAUGGGUUUUGAAUUGGCAUUAAUGUGUGACAUAAGAAUUGUUGAAGAAUCAUCAAGAUUAGGAUUUUUAAAUAAACGUUUUGGUAUUCCAAUAAUGUGUGGUGGAACAGUUAGACUACCAGCAAUGGUUGGUUAUUCAAGAGCAAUGGAUCUUAUAUUAAGUGGACGUGAAUUAACAAGUGAAGAUGCUGUUAAUUGGGGAAUUGCAACUCGUGCAGUUGCAUGUGGUGCAGCUUUAGGACAGUGUAUAACAUUAGCUCAUUCAAUUGUUAAAUAUCCACGUGCUGCUUCUGAUGCUGAUCGAGCUUCACUUAAUUAUGCUGUAUUUGGCAGUAAACCCAUUGAAGAUUUAUUAGAAUUUGAAAAAACUAAUGCUACUGAUGGACUUCUUGAUGAAGGUAUCAAAGGGGCACAGAGAUUUGUUGAUGGUUUUGGUAGACAUGGAAAAGCAUCAAAUAUGAAUACAACAAAUGUUAGAAAAUUUAAACAAUUGGAAGAUGAUGUGUUGUGAUAAAAAAUUAAUUUAAAAAGAUAACAAGAAGUGUGACCCGAGCAUCUAGUAAAAAAUGGAACCAAUAAUAAUUACUAAAUUGCUUUGUCAUUGGAGUCAAAAUCAUUUAGUGAGUUAUUUUAUUUUUUUAAAACUAAGAUAUUUUUCAUAGUCUUUUUUAAAUUGACAAUAAUUAUAUAUAAUUAUAAAUCAAUAUUUGGCAUCUGAAGUUUCGGAGGAAUGAAGGAACCACUCAUGAAACCAUCAAAAGUCUAAAUUAUUUUUCUUUUAUACUACUCUCUAUUUUAAUAUAAUUUAUUAUUAUUUUUUCAUCUAUUUUAUAUCUCACAGCAUUGUCAUAUUUUUUUAAUAUGACAAAAUGAUUAUUAAUAUAUUCUUUUCCCUCAACUACAGCGAUUAAUAAAUUUUUUUUUGCACAAAUAAAUUUACUACUCAUUACUAUUGAAAUUUUCGUGUGUCUGUGUGUCGAUGUACCUAUAUGUUUUUUUUUUUCUUUUUAUUUUGUUGCUAAAUUUUUUUGUUUAACUUUAAAAAAUUCGAUUAUAUUUUUAGAUAAUUAUAUAAACCAUAAAGACGUUACACAUAUAAUAGUUUUUUGUUAGCCAGUGAAUUAAAUUGUACCAUUUAGAUUUGAAAUAAAUUUAAAAAUUCUCGUGAUGAUUUUAUUUAAAUCACAACAUAUAUAAUAUGUAAACACGAAUAUCACAAGUAUCUGGGUAUGCUAAACAGACAUAAAAUAUAGAGUAUAGACUUUUGGAUUUUUUUUUUUCUUUCUACUAUUUGUUUUUAAAUUACGAUGAGAAAAGCGUUGAUUUAUUUAAAGAGCUAUACGAUAAUUAUAGAAAGUAUUUUUUUGUAUUUAUAUUUUAUCAAUUUAAUUUGUAUAUUAUUGUUGGUAUUUUUAAAUAAAAAGAAAAAAUAAAAUACAAAAUUAUACAUAAUAGAUUUGGUCACUGUGAAUAGUUUUUUUUUCAAAAUAAAAAUUGCAAAACGUGUGAUGCGCAGAUAAAUGACCUGCUAUCAAUAAUCAAUUUUUCCUCCAGUUGGAUAAUGUUUGGUACGUGUGAAACGAUACUUAUAUAAACUAUCUAUUAAUAUUUUUUAAAAUUUAUAUAUUCCUGAGUUUGACGGAGAAUUAUCCGUUCAUCGAACAAAUCCGUUGAUAAUAAAAUUAUUUAUCAAUUUUUUUAUUUAAAAUUAUUAAUCAAUUCAGUUGAUUUCAAUCUUUUUUUUUUUUUAUUUUUAAAUUUUCUAUCGCUGAUGGGCAUCUCCAAAAAAAUAUUAUUCAUCAAAAUACAUGUUUAGCUCAAUUUUUUUUGUAUAUCAUAUUUUUUUUUUUUUUUAUUAUUCAGAUACCAUUACAUUUUCUUUUUUUUUUUUAAAUUCUAUGUUUAUUUAAUAUUUAUACAUAUAGAUCUUUUUUUUUUUUUUUUUUUUAUAUAUUAGAUAUUAAACAUGUACGAUUGCAAUAAAAUGCGCGCGCACGUUGAAUUAAUAAUAUACUAAUUAAAUCGGAGGGUGAGGAUUCGUCGUUUUAGUCGUGUAAUAUAAGAAACGCACUCUUGGUAUUAAACACAAAUAUAAACAAUUAUCAAUUAUUUACUUUUUUUUUUUUUUAAUACUUAGAUAUUAUUAUUUUAUACAUAUACAUUUACAUAUUUAUAAUAAAAAUUAAAUAUAUAUUUAUAAUGAUAAAUUUAAUAGUAUAGAUACAUCUAUUUUAAAAAGAAAAAACAGCUUUUAUUAUUAUCAACUUUUUUCAUUUAACGAAAUUUUUUAUAUACUCAAAUUUUCGUCGAUGAAAUUUAAUCAUUGUGCAAUGCAUUUAAUAGCUAAUUAUUUUACAAGCUCAUAUGCAAAAUAAUAUUGAUGGAAGAUAAUACAAAAAGAAAUAAAUGGUAUUACAAUUAUACAAAUUAUUUGAUAAUAUUACAAAAUUUUUUUUUUUUUUUAUUAUUAAUUAAAUUAAUUAAUGAUUAUGAUGAGAAAUGGCAUUUUUAUUAUGCUGUUAAAAUUGAUAAUUUAUUAAAAUAUGUAGAAAUUGAUUUGUCUGCGAGUGUUUAAGUAGUAACGACUGUGUUUGUCAGAUUAUGAUGUGUUACUACUUUUACAGGUCAGACAAAAAAAAUUAAAAAAUUAUUUAUAAUUAAUUUAGUAAGCUGGUUAUAAAGUGACCAGUUUUUAUUUAUUUAUUUUUUUGUUCAAUUUACUGGCACAUGAUGAGUGUGUGCAAGCUUUUUUUAUUAUUAAACUUUUUUAAAAAUUUUAUUCAAAUAUUAUUUAGUACAAAUUGCCAAACGCAUUUUUACAAUAAAUAAAAAAAUAAGUACAAAAUUGAUGGCAAUAAUGUGCGAUUGUUAAUAAAAAAUUCAAGUCAUAGAAGAACCCGGGAUAAUUAUAAAAAUUGAUUUAUCAAAAAAAAAAAAAUAGAUAAAUAAUAAAAUGAAGAAAAAAAAGAAGAAAAGCAGUAAAAAUUUGUGGUUUAAUAAAAAAAAAAAAAAGAAAUAUAAUAUAAAGAGGAUUGAAUGUGUAUACUGUGUAACUAUUUUUUUUAUUUUUUUUUUUUUUAUUUUUAUGUUGUGGGUUAGUUAACUAGUGAUUUAAAAAAAAGAGGUCACAGAGUAGAGAUCGCUAUAUAGUCUAUUCCACAAUCUAUUCAUCUAACAUUUUUAAAAUAAUUUUAUUAUUUAAUUUAAAAAUGUGCUGUUAUGCGUUUUUAGGUUGCAUUAUUAUUUUCUUUAUACAAGCCCUGUUAUUAACACAAUUUAUUUUCGAAAAUAUUAUUAUUUUUAUAUAAAAAUUGACAUUAUGUCUUACUAUCAGUUUUCUUUUUUUGUAUGAAUAUCUAUCACCAAGGUUUAUAUUAUUUUUUUUUUUAAAUAUAUUAUUAUUGAACCUGUGUGUAAAGCUAUCCGAUCGACUUUUGCUUAAAGUAUUAAAUAAUUUUUGUAUCUAAUAAUGAAAGUUAUGCAAGCGUUGCUAUGAGAGACUAGGUUCUCUAUAAAUUUACUUUACUGACACACUCAGAGACUAAUUUAAAAUUGUACUUAUACAAUAUCCCAUUUAAUUUUCAAUUUGCAAUUUUAUUUUUUUUUCAAUAUUAUUUUAAUUAUAUAAAAAAAUGAUUUUUACUUUUUUAUGGAUAUGUAUUUGCACUAUUUCAUAUCACUUUCUGUUGUGUCAUUUAUUUUUUUUUUUAUUAACGACAUAGAAUCAUCGACGGAAGCGUUCAAACUAGGCAAGGAUCAAUUAGGCAAUUUUUAUUUAUUUAUUUAUUUUUUUUAUUAUUAAUUUUUUUUUUAAAUAUAAUAUACAUAUAUUUUUAUAUCAUUUUUGGACGUUGAGGGUUUACUAAGAUGCAACGUGCGCGCGAUUUUUAUCUACAUCUUACAUUGCCGAAAACUGCAACCAGUCAAGAGUUUUUGAUAUAAGAAAAUAAUUGAAAAACUCAUGUAUAUAUCGAAAAACAAAAAACAAAAAUAAUAAUAUAUUUAUAAAAAGAAAAAAAAAAAAACCAUUGAUACUAUAUGCUAAAAACAUGAGCGUUAUUUAUUAUUUCAAUUAUUUAUAAUAAAAUUUGUCUAGUGCUCGUUUUUUUUUUUUUUUUUCUCCUCAAUUGAAAUUAGUAAACUUUUAAUAAUUGUUUGUCAAAAGUAAUAAAAUUUUUUUUUUUUUGUUUUAUUUACUUUUUUAUUGUUAUUAUUAUUAUUAUUUUCAUCGAAAUCUUACAAUGUAGGAUACCUAAAUGAAAUGUGAUCACAGCCACACAUUAAUAUAUUAUAAUAAUUAGAUAAUAAUUUUAAUUAUAAUUUUUUUUUUUUUUUUUUAAAUUACAGUUAAUUUUUUUAUGUAAAUAAACUCCCCUGACAGUAGACUUCUAUCUCCAUUUUUUUCUAUCCAAUUUUCCCCGUUAAUAUUUUUUUUUUUUUUAUAUUUUAUCGAAGAAAAUUAUUUUACUGAUAUAUAAUAUACAAUUUUUUUUUUUUUUUGUUUUUUAAUCUUGUUUUUAAUUUUUUUUUUUUUUAAUUUUUUAAUAUUUAUUUUUAACGAUAUGCUACAAGAAAAAAAAAAUUUUUCUUUUUUAUCAUCAUGGACACAGUACGAAUCCUUUUGGUCCGACUAUUCAAAAUUUUUUCAAUUUUACAAUAUUUUCAAUCAUCACUUUUAUGUAAUUUAUAAAAAAAAAAAAUUUAAUAAUUGAUAAUUUUUUUUUUUAAAUUUAUGCCACUUGAUACAUGAGCAGUCGAGCCAAACAGAUUUAAAAACUGCCCCACGGAAUGACUUAAAAAGAAGACUAUAUCAAAUUCUUUUUAUAUAUAUAUAUUUUUUUUUUUCACAAUGAUUUUGAGAACAUACAUUGAUUAAUUUGGAAAUUACAUCUAUCAUGGAUAUUUUGGAAUAAUAAUAUACACACUUAUAAACCUCAUUGAAUUUUUACCUUCUUUUUUUUUUGCAAAUAAUAUUACCAAUUACUAAUUAUAAAUAAUUAAUUAUAUUUUCAUUUAAAUCAUUUACAAUGUCAAAUAUAUAUAUUGAAAUUGAAAAUAUCUCAGAAAUUAGGCACAGCACUAUUUUAAUAAUUAUUUAAAAAACAAUUUUUCCAUUUACUAUAGAUAAAAGUCAAUUAACAUUUUUUCUCUGAGAAAUAAAAAAAAAAAAAAAAAAUAUAAACAACAAGGCUAAGGGUACAUGAAACACGUAAUCAAGUUUCCUAUACAUAUAAUAUACCAUUUCUAGAUGUAUACAAUAUAUAUAAUAACAUUUCAUAUUUUAAAAUUUUUUUUUUAAUAUUUUUUUUUUUUUUCUUAUUAAUAUAUUUUUUUAAUUAAUUAUAAUAAUAUAUUUAAUCAAUUUUUAUAAACAUAUAUGCAUCCGUCCACAUUCAGUCGUUCUCGUAAAUAAAUCAAAGUUCAGAACGUGCGAGUCAGUAAUCAGUAUCGUCAACUGGUUAUCGAAGUGACAUGAGUUUUGU